GAAUCCUCAAGAGUAACCUGAAGGCAGCUCAGAAGCUAUAGUUUGAUUCGCCGGCAAUGGAGUUCCCGGAGCCGCCGGAGUGCCCCGUAUGCCUACAACCGUACGAAUCCACGCUAACGAUUCCGCGUGUACUUGCAUGCGGUCACUCUGCUUGCGAGGCCUGUAUAGGGCGUCUCCCAAACGCCUUCCCUAACACCAUCAGAUGUCCAGCCUGCACUCAGCUUCUGAAGUUACCCAAACCCCUCUCCUCUCUACCAAAGAACAUCGACCUCCUCCGCUUCUCCUCCCUCCUCCUGAACGAAGAUCCUCCCCUACAACCUAAAACCGCAAAUUCACUGCAAGAACCCAAAAGUGACUCGUCAAUUUUCAGCACUGCUGUGUGGCCUCGUGAAUUCUACUUAUACUGGUCAUCUUGGAUUCUCCCAGAAAACAGUGUGUCCACUGAACCACGAAAUUCCGGCUAUAACUUCACUGAUGAUUUUUGUUAUUUGUUGCAUGGGUGUUUGACGAAAUGUCUGAGGAAUCACGAUGUUAUGAGCAGUGGGAAUCCUGCAGAGAAAGAGGAAGUAUGUCUUCUUAAGCUUGGGAUCUCCAUUCACAAAGAUGAGAACUAUUGUAAGUUCAAAUGUAGUUAUGAAGUGAAAGUGUUGAGAGUAUUAUAUGAAAUGGCCUAUAGGGAAAGAAAUGAAUUAGACUUGAUUCUUCAUGCAAAUUCCAGGCAUCACGGAGUGUGUAAAGUUUAUGGCUUUUGGUAUUGUGAAGAUGCCAAUUCUGUGUAUUUAGUUUGCCCGAAGUUUGAGACGAAUGUGAGUAUGUUCACGGACUUGAUUUCUGAUGAAAAGGGAUGCAUUAAAAGUUGGGCAAUGGUUGGGCUAGACAUUUGUGAAGCUGUGAUUAAUUUGCAUUUGCAAGGAGUAAGCAUUGGCUGUUUCGGAGCAUCUUGUUUUGGUAUGGAUGAGUUUGGCCACACUCAUGUUGAUAUAUGCGAGACUUUGGUUGCUAUAAGGAGAUUUAGAAAGAUGAUUACUUGUUAUGAAAAUCUUGCUGUAGGAUUGGAAAAUGAAAAUUUGACAGAAUGUUUGUUUGUUAGUCCAGAGGCUAUGUUUGGGUUUUUGAAAACUGAAGGAGUUCAAAUUGACUAUACAGUGGAUGUUUGGUCUUUAGCUUCACUGUUGCUUUGGAUUCUUAUAGGGGAACCUUUUGCUCAAGAGAUGAAGGUUUAUUUGCGGUAUAUAAUUGAAUUUGAUGAAAUGCGUUGUGAUCUUUUUGGAUGGUACACAGAGUGGAUGGAGAGGACUGUUAAUCUAUUUGAACGUCAAUUGAAACCUGAAUUUAUACCUUUAUCGGAUAUUUUCUGUAAGUGUUUGGAUUUCAAUCCUGAAAACCGCUCACCUGUGAUUGAACUAUGGAAAAGCUUGAGAGAAGUGAUUGUCAAACCAGAUGUUGAUGUUUUAACUAACUUAAAACAGGUAAAGAACAAGAAUAGUAUUCCUCUUUGCCUGCUUUUCGGAGACCUCUGUCUAUCAAAAUGCCUAUCAAUCUGCAGGGCCAACAAACAAUCUACUGAUGGAAAAGAUGAUGAGAAAGAUGAAAUCUUGAAGGUUGGUAAGGAUGUUAUUGAGGGCAUACCUGAUGGCGAGAUCAAAUGUAUUGAUCUGAUAGAACAUCGUGAUUGUAUAACAGGCUUUGCUAUUGGAGGGGGUUUCCUUUUCAGCUCAUCCUUUGAUAAAGUGGUCAAUGUGUGGUCUUUGCAGGAUUACUCUCAUGUACAUGCAUUUAAAGGGCAUGAGCAAAGAGUUACUGCUGUCACAUUUGUGGAUGAUGUACAACCUAUGUGCAUUAGUGGUGACAAUGGGGGUGCCAUAUGCAUUUGGGCUGCCACGGCUCCACUGGGCCGAGAACCAAUAAUUAAAUUAUAUGAGCAAAAGGAUUGGCGGUAUAGUGGUAUUCAUGCCCUUGCUGUAUCAGGAAGCAACCAUCUAUACACCGGCAGUGGAGACAAGUCAAUAAAAGCUUGGUCACUGCAGGAUUACACAUUAUCAUGCACAAUGACAGGUCAUAACUCAGUUGUUUCUUCACUGGUAAUUUGCAAAGAAGUCCUUUACAGUGGAAGCUGGGAUGGAACUGUGCGAUUAUGGUGUCUUAGUGAUCACAGUUUGUUGGCAGUGCUUGGGGAAAAUAUGCCUUCAAACUUGACUUCGGUGCUAUCUGUUGCUGCUGAUGAGGAUUCACUUGUUGUUGCUCAUGAGAAUGGCAUUGUUGAGAUCUGGUGUAAUGAUACGCUACUGAAAUCUACACAAGCGCACAAUGGAGCUGUAUUCUCUGCCUGCAAGAAGGGGCGGUGGAUCUUCACUGGUGGGUGGGACAAGGCUGUAAAUGUACAGGAACUAUAUGGGAAAGAUACUCAAAUAGAUGCCACUGUGUUUGGAUCAAUUUCUUGUGAUUCUGUGGUAACUGCCCUUCUAUACUGGCAAGGCAAGCUUUUCAUUGGACAAGCUGAUAGAGUAAUCAAGGUAUACUACUCUACGGAGCAGUAAUUUCUUGGAAGAACGUUCAAAUGCAUAAAGUGUACAUUAUAGUGUUACAAACCAACAGUACAUUUCAAAACAAUGUGGAAAGAAAGAACUGUACAGAGACCUCUAGGAGAAAAGGGGAGUACAUACAUACAUACAUCGGAAGAGUUAUUUGAUUAUGGCUAUACAUUGCCUAUACUGGACGAGGAGAAGAUAAAGUGAUCUUGUUUCGGUCUCAUCUUUAAUUUCAGACUUGAAUCGGUCCCCCCUUUCAUCGUACACCCAAAUCCAUCAAACCCUAGCCCCCCGACUUGGAGAAGGAUUAUUUGGUCUCGUAAUCCAAACAUUCUCUCGUGACAGACAAUGACGAUGAUGAAAAACCUGAUCUAGGUACCCCAGGAGUAGCAGCUGCAGUGGCAUUUGGGGAAGUUGUAGCAGGUUGAUUUGGUAGAGUGAGAGCCAAAGUCGUAUUAAUGGGAUAGUCAAUGAAUUAGUUGAGAUAAAUGCAGGCGUUCAUGUGUAAAAAUUUGGAGGAACUUUAAAUUUUCGUGCUUUAGUGCAUUUUAAAUAGUAAGAAUCCUACAAAAAUUUGGAGGGGAAUUUAUACUUGUAAUUGUAUGACUGGCCGAGCACUAUAGAAUCAUCACUUCAAUUGUCAUUUGGGUAGUUUUUACUCUUUUAUUAUACUGUUUUUACUUAUAUGUUUGAGCCCCU